AUGUGCAAGUCAGGCAGCAGUCUGCUAUCUAGCCUUAAUCUGCAACUAACUCGGUUGUCCACGUCCCUCUUGCUUCUGCCGGUUUGGGUCUUUCGACGCCCGAUAAUCAUUGAACUUUUAGAAGUACGUUGUAUUGAUAUGGAAUUGGAACUUAUGGAAAAGGUUAAUGAAUUAAGUGAAAUCUGUAAGGAGGUAGUCGUUGCAGAAGGCAGGUGUUCAUCUCAAGUUUCCUCUCUCGAAUGGGGUCAAGUUAAAGUCCAUAAGGGUAAACAUUCUGUGGAGCAAAAAAGGCUUUGGAACAAAAAGCUUCAAGAGGUGUUCCAUGAUUUAGGGUCCCUUCAGAAAGCUCUCCUUCGAGCUCAAGACAAGAUUUUUGAUUUGAGAGCACUCGAGCACAAAAUAAGUAAGUUAACCGUGGGUCUUAUGGCAAUAUUUUUAACUCGAGAAAUAGCUAAGGGUCCCAGAAAUAUGCGUCGGGGAGUUCUCAUGUCACUUCUCCAAGAAAGUGCAAAAUCCAUCCCUAUGUGGGCAGGGGGUGUUGAUGAACCUCCGCCUCCCCUUUGCGGCGCCAUCGGUGCUGGAAAUAAUCUCGACACCAAUUUGGUCGCCCCUGGCGAUUAUGUCGCAGCUCUUGUGCCUGAUCUAGAAUGUCCCGAUGCAGAGUUUGCACCCAACGAAAGCUGGAUACUUGCUGAGGUGAUAUCCUUUAACCGUGAAAAGCGUCAGUUCCAAGUUGAAGAUGUUGAUGCCGAAGAGGGCAAAGUACGCUACACUCUAGAUCGUUCAAAGGUGAUAUUAUUGCCGAAAUGGAAGGCUAAUCCUGUACUAAAUCCGGAUGCUGUCUAUCACAAGGGAACGCUGGUUCUUGCACUAUAUCCUCAAACAACGUGUUUUUACCGAGCCGUUGUGGAUACCUAUCCAACCCACGCGCAAGACGAGUACUCUCUCUACUUCGAGGAUCCCAGUUACCCUGAUGGGUACGCUCCAUCGAUUCGCAUUCCACAGCGCUACGUAAUUCUCUGUCCCGAAACCGACCACAAAAGCACACGACAGGGUCGCAACCGGCUAUCCGGAAGGAAAUCGUAG